CAUCACAACUCUGGAAGAUCUCUGUCCAUCUGCCAUCUCACCUCAUCAUCCUCUGCUCUUGCCACCAGCAAACAAUUGCACCAAAGUCAGUUGGCACUAGGUCAGGAGGACUUGCUAAGGAUUUCAGUGCUGCUUCUGUCACUAUGCCUGUAAACCGAAGCAGCUUCAGCUCCAUGUCCAUGUCCUGCAGCAGUGGUGGAGGCAUAGGACAGAUCAGCGGUGGAUUUGGCAGCAGGAGCCUUCACAACUUAGGGAGAAGCAAGAGGAUUUCCAUGAGCGGAGGGUAUUGCUCUGCUAGACCAGGAUACAGUUACGGGUUAGGUCAUGGGGGGUUUGCUUACAGGGCUGGCGGAGCUGGGUUUGGGUUUGGAGGAGGAUGCGGCCCUGGAGGUAUUCAAGGGGUCACAGUCAACCAAAACCUCCUGGCACCUCUUAACUUGGAGAUUGACACCAACAUGCAGAGAGUGCGUCAGGAGGAGAAGGACCAGAUCAAAUCCCUCAACAACAAAUUUGCCUCCUUCAUUGACAAGGUGCGGUUCCUGGAGCAACAAAACAAGGUACUGGAAACCAAAUGGAGCCUCCUGAAAGACCAAAAAGUUGUGAAAAAUAACAUUGAGCCUAUGUUUGAAGUGUACAUCAGCAACAUGAGGAGACACCUUGAGGCUCUAGGAGGGGACAGGCUGCGGCUCAGCUCUGAGCUGAAGGCUAUGCAGGAUGCUGUUGAAGACUUCAAGAUCAGGUACGAGGAGGAGAUCAACAAGCGCACGACUGCAGAGAACGACUUCAUGUUGCUCAAGAAGGACGCAGACGCUGCCUACAUGAGCAAGGUGGACCUGGGAACCAGGGUGGAUGCACUGACGGAUGAGAUUAACUUCCUGCGAGCUCUCUACGAAGCAGAGCUGUCUCAGAUGCAGUCACAAAUCUCCGACACCUCCGUGGUCCUUUCCAUGGACAACAACCGGAGCCUGGACCUGGACAGCAUCAUCACAGAGGUCAAGGCGCAGUAUGAGGACAUUGCCAACCGGAGCCGGGCAGAGGCUGAGUCCUGGUACCAGAGCAAGUACGAAGAACUGCAGCUCACUGCUGGCCAGCACGGGGCUGACCUGCACAACACCAAGGUGGAGAUCUCAGAGAUGAAACGCGUGGUCCAGCGGCUCCACUCGGAAAUUGACAGUGUGAGGAAACAGUGCGCCAGUCUGCAGACAGCCAUCGCAGAUGCUGAGCAGCGCGGGGAGCUGGCCCUCAAGGAUGCCAAAGCCAAGCUGGCUGAGCUGGAGGAUGCCCUGCAACAGGCCAAGGCAGACCUGGCCCGGCAGCUGCGUGAGUACCAGGAGCUGAUGAACGUCAAGCUGGCCCUGGACAUCGAGAUCGCGACCUACAGGAAGCUGCUGGAGGGCGAGGAGAGCAGGCUGGCUGGAGAAGGCGUUGGUGCAGUGAACAUUUGUAAGUAA